GCGGCCCGGCCCGGUAUCCGGGUAAGAUGGCCGCAGUCGGAGAGUGCUCGCUCCCUGCUCCCUGGCGGCCGGUCUCCCUCACCCAUGUCGAGUAUCUUGCAGGUGAUUUCUCUGGUCAGCUCUUAGCCUACUUGAGUCUCUGUCCAAUUUUCAUCAUAGUCGGCUUUGUUACACUCAUCAUAUUCAAGAGAGAGCUUCAUACGAUAUCUUUCUUAGGGGGGCUGGCAUUCAAUGAAGGAGUGAACUGGCUAAUAAAGAAUAUUAUCCGUGAGCCACGGCCCUGUGAAGAAGCCCAUUCAACGGUGACUACAAAAUACGGGAUGCCAUCCAGUCACUCUCAGUUCAUGUGGUUUUUCUCUGUUUACUCGUUCCUGUUUCUUUAUUUAAGAAUGCACCAAACAAACAAUGCCAGGUUUCUGGAUUUAUUGUGGCGACAUGUCCUGUCCAUCUGCCUUGUCACAGUGGCCUUUCUAGUCUCAUAUAGUAGGGUCUAUCUGCUCUACCACACCUGGAGCCAGGUCUUAUACGGAGGUGUUGCAGGAAGCAUCAUGGCCAUAGCCUGGUUUGCGUUCACACAGGAGAUCUUAACUCCUUUGUUCCCAAGGAUAGCUGCAUGGCCAGCUUCAGAGUUCUUUUUAAUCAGAGAUACCAGCCUCAUUCCCAACAUCCUGUGGUUUGAAUACACAGUCACCAGAGCAGAGGCAAGAAACAGACAGCGCAAGCUAGGUACGAAGCUCCAGUGACUCAAGACAUGGGAACAGAAUGCAGGACUUAAUGGAGAAGGACAAGAUUAGAGACCUGUACAGACCUGGGAGCAGCAAGGAGUCUUCACAGAUGGACCAAAGGAACAGGCAGGGACCAUACUCAAAGCCUGGAGGCCUUUGCUCUGGCUUUUGCAGCUAGCUGGAUGCUCCCUGAUGCAUGUGGGACCGUGAAGGAGCAGAACCUCAUUUAUAACACAAAUGCACAUUGCCAGUUGGAAUGUACCAUCGUGUCUGAGUCGCGGGAAGGGGAGAAAAUACCUGAUGGCUUGUUUGGGGGAGGGAGAAUCAAAAAAAAAAAUCAUAUUUCUGUGACUUUUUUUGCAGCAUGAAAUAUACACACUAUUUAUUUUUUUUAAUUGAACUAUUAUUUUCGGGGUGGGUGAUGCAUUGAUUGUGUGUUUGGGAGAAGACAAAACCAAAAUUAGGUCUUGCCUAAUUUAGGGUUUUGAAUUUGUGGGGGAGGUAGGGUGGCUUAGGCAGGAGGGGAAGAGGUAUUUCUUUCCUUUCUGCAACAGUUGGGAGAGUAAAAUCAAUUCCUGCUGCACUUUGUAAGGAUAUAAAGAAACUACUAAAGAUUUGCUUUUAAACACUAGUGACAUUCCUGUGCGCAAGCCUGCACGGAUACCACUGGGGGCAAGGAGGGGGUUAAAACACAGAGGAAAACCUAAAAUAUACUUUUUUUUUCCUCUUCACUGCUGCUCCUGUUGUGUAAUUAGCCAGGUUGUUUUACCCAGGCCCUCUUCUUUUUAGGUGUCAAUAACUUGGUAUACACAUUACAACUAUCCUUCCACUCCCUCUUCCUUUUGUACUUUUAUGACCCAAGAGCUGCUGAGAUCUCUACAGUUUCUGUUGCUGAACUUAAGCCAGACUCUGUUAUUGAUUAAGGACACCAUUAAGUUUAAAUAACUGCUAGUUAAGGCACAACUCCAUGCUUUUAAGGAUUACCCCAAAGUCAUUAAAAAAAGCUUUUACUGGUAUUAAAAGUUUGUAUGAUCAGUCUCUGCCCUAAACCCGCUUUCGGAUAAUGAAUCUUUCCAUUGAGCUUUUCAGCCAUCAGUAAACUUUUUAUAAAAAU